UACUUUUUUCAUUAGUUCUUCGUUCGUCGUUGCCGCCGGUGGCCGUGGUCAGUUUGCCGGUUCUGUGAGGAUUCAAUCACACGAUCGAUUCUCGAUUCUUGUCCAUAAGUUUAGGGUUCUUGUUCUCCCAGCCGCCACCAUGGACGAAACUGUUUGCUACAUCAAACCAGAAUUCCUGGUGCCUCGCAUUCCGGAAGAAAAGAAACCUGAAGAUGUCACACCGGCAGCCAAAGCGGACAACGGCACGGAAGAGCCACCGGCCAAAAAGGGUCGCUUCGACAAGAAGAAAAAGAAUCGUGGCCAGAAUAAAAAUCGCGAUCUGCCGUUCAAGGAACAGGACGAUGCACGACUAUGUAAGACUCUUUUGGACGGAAAGUUGAACAGCGAGAAGUGCAGUAAUCCUCGGUGCCGAUUCUCCCACGAUCUGGAGCGAUUUAUCCAGCUAAAACCGAAAGACAUUGGCGACAGUUGCUACAUCUACUCGCUGAAGGGUUACUGUAACUUUGGCGUUACCUGCAGAUUUGCCGGGGCUCAUCUGGAUGAAGAAUCGAAUAACAAGAUUUCCGAAGGAAUUAAGCGCGAGGAUCACAACCUGGUCAGUAUGUGCUUGAGUUUCGAUCUGCAGAACCAACUGCGCAAGAAGAGCUACAACUACAGUAAGGCAAACAAGAUCAUUUCGAAGUUUGAGCGACUGCAAAAGGAAUCCAAGGAGGAGGUGGACGGAUUGGGUAGUGAUACCCCGAAGGCGAAACCGAUCGGUUCCUGCACCGAUGAAGAUCUGGUAAAGUUGCGCAGCCCGGAGCGGAAGAAAAUCAACUUCAAAGAUAAGCUCUAUCUUAGUCCGUUGACCACGGUUGGCAAUCUUCCGUUCAGGAGAAUAUGCAAAGAGUACGGAGUGGACAUCACCUGUGGCGAAAUGGCCUGUUCGGUACCGAUUAUCAACGGUAUGAUGCAGGAAUGGGCUUUGACCAAACGACAUCCAUCGGAGGAUUUGUUCGGGGUGCAAAUUUGCGGUCACAAUCAGAAGCUGGUAUCGUACGCCACGCAGGUAAUAGCCGAACACGCCGACGUAGAUUUUGUAGAUCUAAACCUCGGUUGUCCGAUUGACUUGAUCUUCAACCAAGGGGGAGGAAGUGCUUUGCUCCGCAGGCGAAACAUUCUCGAAGUCAUGAUCCAGAGCUGUUCCCGGAUACUGGCAGAUUAUGACAAGGAGUUCACGGUGAAGACUCGCAUGGGAAUCUAUGCCAACAAAUAUGUUGCUCACGAGUUGGUGCCGAAAUUCGAAGAAUGGGGAGCCAGCUUGGUGACCAUUCAUGGUAGAACCAAAGAGCAGCGCUAUACCAAAAAAGCUGACUGGGAUUACAUUCGACAGUGUGCGCAACAAGCAAAGAGCAUCCCUAUCUAUGGAAACGGCGAUAUUUUCUGCUAUCAGGACUAUCUCGACGCCAAGGAACGCGCACCAGAACUGGCCGGUGUAAUGGUUGGAAGGGGAGCGCUAAUCAAGCCGUGGGUGUUCCAAGAAAUCAAGGAACAAAAAAAUCUGGAUCCCUCCAGCAAUGAACGUAUGGAUAUGCUGAAACGAUACGUUAACUACGGACUCGAACACUGGGGCAGCGACACCAAAGGCGUGGAGAACACUAGACGAUUUCUAUUGGAAUGGCAAUCGUUCCUGUACCGUUACGUACCAUCUGGUUUGCUGGAGAGGCCACCCCAGAAGAUAAACCAACGACCUGAGGCGUUCCGCGGUCGCGACGAUCUGGAAACGUUGAUGGCUUCGCCGAACUGCUCGGAUUGGGUCAAACUGAGUGAAAUGUUACUCGGCCCGGUUCCGGAUGGUUUCAAUUUUGUGCCGAAGCAUAAAGCGAAUUCGUACUAAUUGAAAUCGUGUUAUCCAGGUAAUGUUGUACAAUUUCAAAGAUUUUAUGUUAUUUUGGACACUUGAAUUCACAGUUGUAACUGAAAUUUGAA